CGUAUCUGUCAAAAUGUUGACAGUUUUAAAAUACCCGCGAGUGCAUUUUUGAUAGUUUAAAAUGUCGGUCCCAGUAAUAGCAGCGCUUAGACAACCAAAGCAUGUGAAUAAACCUAAGAAAUUGAAGAAAUUCGAUGAUGAUUACGUUAUAAUAACAAUGAAAGAUGAUAAGAAAUUGGUAGUCAGUUCAGACGGCUACCACGGUAUUGUUAAAAUGAAUGAAAAGCUUGUCUGCGUUCUUUGCAACUACGAAAUUAAUUUGGACGAGAAAGAGAAGGCAGAUCAUAAAGUUAAGAAAACCCAUUUGAAAACGCUGACUUUGUUUCCUCAUGUAGAAAGUUUCCGUGACAAUCUGAUACGUCAGUUAAAUAAAAAUGGAUGUUAUUGCACUAUCUGUAAUGUGAUGGUGUCAACACAUUAUUUGAUGUGUCAUGUCGAUGGAGAGCAACACAAGCAGGAACUUGAGAAGGCAGUUAUAAGAGCAACAACAUAUAAACCUAAAUAAACUAAUCAAUCCAUCA